AUGGACUGCAACUUUGAACUGCCUUCGCUGAGGGCCACUUUGAGACUAGGCGCCCCAACCAAGUCUAGGCUGAGCUCUACUCAGUUCUACGAUGUAGACUUCUAUCCCUAUACCGCUCCCGGCCAGGUCCCUGUUUUCGCCGUCAACGGGUCCGUCGAGAUCCUGCGGUGGUUUGAAGAUGACGAGGCCACUACUGAACACGGCACGUCCGACGAUAAAGUCAACUACAACAGCAUCGUAUGGUCUCAGGCUGAAAAUGGCGACCCGCUCGUCUGCGUCACGGGAGACUCUCGCAUCAAGGUCUUGAAUGUCCGGACCGGGGAGCUCACAGCAACGCUGAUAGGCCAUGGCGAUUCAGUGAACGAUCUCGCCAUAUCGCCGAUAGACCCAACCAUUCUCGCCUCCGCAUACCACCCGAAAGGCCAGUACAUCCUAACAGCGGGUAUGGAUACCAGGAUCAAUUUGUGGGCAGUACCCGAAGACCUCAAGGAACACGCUGGCACCGACAAGCCGGCCAUAGUGCACUAUCCGCACUUUUCCACUACCGAGAUACACACUGACUUCAUCGACUGGUAA